UGAAGGUUGCCAUAUCCAUUACUCAACUUUUAAAUUUCUUUUUCAAAAAACUUUAACAAAACAAAAAAAAAAACAUUCACUUUAUUUCCCAACCUCACUCACUAAUCACUAUCUGCUCUGUUACUCUUUGUCUUCUCCGCCCGCUGAAUUUUGUUGUCACAAUGUUAAAGAAAUCCACUUCUUCUUGUUCAUAAGAGUUUAAUUGUGAAAUUGAUGGGCGGAAUAUUUUCAAAACAAGGAAGUCCACGACAGGCUUCUGCCCCGUAUUCAUGGAACUAUCCACAGCCGCCAUAUGGUCAACCAAAUCAAGAAUAUAUGCCAUACCAACAAUGUGCACCUGUACCUCAAGGCUAUGGUGGUCAAGCUCCAGAUUCUGGGAGGAGGAUGGACAGGAAAUUUUCGAAGAUAGAUGAUAACUACAAUAGUCUGGAGCAGGUUACUGAUGCCCUUGCGCGCGCAGGUUUGGAGUCUUCAAAUCUCAUUAUGGGUAUUGAUUUCACAAAGAGUAACGAGUGGACAGGUGCAAAGUCAUUUAAUCGAAGAAGUCUACAUCACAUCGGAUAUGAUCAGAAUCCAUAUGAACAGGCAAUAUCUAUCAUUGGAAAAACACUCUCUUCAUUUGAUGAGGAUAACUUAAUUCCUUGUUAUGGAUUUGGGGAUGCAUCGACACAUGAUCAAGAAGUUUUCAGUUUUAAUCCGGAUGAGAGUUUUUGUAAUGGAUUUGAGGAAGUGUUAAGUCGAUACAGAGAAUUGGUCCCUCAUCUACGACUUGCAGGGCCAACAUCAUUUGCUCCUGUCAUUGAGAUGGCCAUGACUAUUGUUGAGCAAAGUGGUGGACAGUACCAUGUUUUAGUUAUUAUAGCAGAUGGACAGGUAACCAGAAGUAUUGAUACUGAGCAUGGACAACUAAGUCCGCAAGAGAGGAGAACUGUUGAAGCAAUUGUGAAAGCAAGUGAGUAUCCCCUUUCAAUAAUAUUAGUUGGAGUUGGUGAUGGACCAUGGGACAUGAUGAGAGAAUUUGACGACAACAUCCCUGCUCGUGCAUUUGAUAAUUUCCAGUUUGUAAAUUUUACGGAAAUAAUGUCAAAAAACAUGGAUCGAUCCAGAAAAGAAGCAGAAUUUGCCCUUUCAGCCUUAAUGGAAAUACCUUCUCAGUAUAAAGCAACACUUGAGCUCAAUAUUUUGGGUUCUAAAGGGAAGGCUAUAGACAGGGUUCCCCUUCCACCUCCUCAGUAUAGUACAGCUUCAUUUAGCAACUCAAAACCUUCACGCGCAAGCAGUUUUCGCUCCAGUCCACCUAAUUCCGGUAGACGUAAUGCACAGGCAGCUGGCACAGCUCCUCCUGCAAGUUCUACCUCUGAUAAUCAACUUUGUCCUAUUUGCCUUACCAACGCGAAGGAUAUGGCAUUUGGUUGCGGACAUCAGACAUGCUGUGAAUGCGGACAAGAUCUACAGUUAUGUCCCAUCUGCCGGAGCGCCAUUGACACCAGAAUAAAGCUCUAUUGAACUCAUCUAGUUGCAUUUAUCUUGAAGACUUAAAGAGGUAAAAUUAGUGGCGCUUUGCUUACUUUUGUUUUGUGUUGUAGCUAAUCUCUUUAAGAUAACAAAACUGACCUGAUUUUGUGCUUUGUAAAUAAAACUGAUUACAACACAUUUGUUUAGCUACAAAGUAUUUGUAUUUUUGCUCAUCAGUGGGUGGGUGCAAUACCUUAAUAUCCAUUGUUGAUGUUGCAA